AUGAUCGACGCAAAGGCUCGCCAUGAAGAGUUAAUGGAGAAGCGCAGUGGCAACCUCACAAGCGCUGCUGCCAGGUAUCGAGAGCGAAGAGGAAGACACCCGCCGCCAGGCUUUGACAAGUGGGUUGAAGCCGCCAUCGAGAGCAAUGCCAUCAUUGUCGAGGACUUCUUUGACCGUAUCUACACGGACUUGGCCCCCUACUGGUCCCUCAAGGCAGACGAGAUUGCAGGACGGUCGAGUGCCUGGUGGUGGGUGGUCAAGGUGCGUAACGGGACAGCAGAAGGCGUGGGAGACGUCGAAGGCAAAGUGAUAUGGCUGCAACUCUGGACAGAGCUCGUCGCCGAAUUCGCCCAACACUUGCCCGAUGUUGACAUGCCCAUCAACUACAUGGACGAAUCCCGAAUACUUGUCCCGUUCGACGAAAUCACAAAGCUGCGGCAGAAGGAAAAGGAGAGCAGGAAGAUGACACCUGUGCAAGAAGUCACAACUCAGUUCAAAGGAUUAAAGCAUAUCGACGCUGCGAAACUCGAGCCAUACGAUCCAAGAUGGCUCAAUUUUGACGAUGGCUCCUACUGGGACUUGUUCGUCAAGACUUGCGCUCCAGAUACACCUGCCCACGGCGUUGAGCAGAUCUCGGACUUUACCGGCCCUGCAGACUUCCCAAGCGAAUGGAAUCCACCACACUCUUACAAAGGCUUUGUUCAGGACUGGAGAGCCUCCAUGGAUGCUUGCCAACAGCCCUACUUGCGCCAACUGCACGGGACCUUCGUCAAGCCCGUCAGCCUGUCGACUACACAGGAGCUGAUUCCCUUGUUCGGCGGGUCUAAGCUUCUGGCAAACAACGAGAUUCUCAUCCCUGGAGCCAUGUAUCUUGUCAACGACGAGUUCUACGCCGGAGGAGAGUUUCACGGCAUCCCAUGGAAUGAGAAGAGGGACGGCGUCGUUUGGCGAGGGGAGGCUUCUGGUGGCCGUGCCGGCGAAGAUAUGUGGAAGCACUUUCACCGCCACAGGCUCGUUCAGAUGCUCAACGGCACAACUGUCAGUCAGAUGGAAGACAAGGACGAACGAGCUCCCACUUUCGAGAUGCCGUCACGAAGGCUGUACAACAGCGAGCGUCUAUCUCACGGACAGAUUGGCCAUUGGCUCAAGGAGAAUGCGAAUGCUGGCUUCGUCAAUCUCUGCCCCCCCGACGAAUGCCCCUUUCUUGUUCCCUACUACCAUGAGGUUGACCGGAUCCCGAUGAAGGAACAAUACAACUACAAGUUUCUCCCCGACGUCGACGGCAACUCUUUCAGCGCUCGAUACCGCGGCUUUCUCCGCUCAACAAGCAUGCCUCUUAAGGCGACGGUGUAUGCCGAGUGGCACGAUGACCGCCUCAUCCCCUGGAUGCACUUUGCACCAUUCGACAACACUUUCCAGGAUCUGUAUUCGGUUCUCAACUUUUUCGCCGACGGACCGGGAGGGAAAGGUGAUGAAGCUGCUCGCUUCAUCGCGGAAACUGGUCGGGUUUGGGCAGAGCAGGUUCUGAGGCGAGAAGACAUGGCGCUGUAUGUCUGGCGGCUGCUGCUGGAGUGGGCUCGCAUCUGUGACGAGAACAGGGAGAAGCUGGGUUUUGUCGGCGACCUGGUGUAA